AUGGCUUUAAUGGACAUCGAAAACGUUUUUCUUGAUCAUGGUUUAUGCUGUCAAAGUUUUGAUCUUCCUUCACCUACAAAAAUCCCCCCAAAACAACAUUAUGAUGCCCAUGUUGAAGCUGCCGAUUCAAUCAAGCCGAUUGAAUUAGAAAAUAUUCCAGAAAGAUAUUUCUUCGUGGAUGGCCCUGGAGGUUCAGGUAAAACGUAUCUUUACAAUACCUUAAUGUGUUAUAUAAGAGCAAAAAAUCAAAUUGCAUCGCCUUUUGCAACCACCGGCAUAUCCUCUAUUCUUUUAAAGGGGGGAAAAACCAUCCAUAGCGGAUUUAAAUUACCUGUGCCUAUCUUUGAAACUUCUACAUCCCAUAUGAAUUUACAUAGUUCGCUAGCUCUAGAUAUUAAAAAUAGCAAAUUGAUUAUUAUUGAUGAGGCCACAAUGAUGACUAAACACGCUUUGCGAUGCAUUGACCGAUUACUUAAAGACAUUAUGAAAAAUUCCCACCCAUUUGGCGGAAAAGUAAUUUUAUUAGGUGGUGAUCUUAGACAGACUUUACCAGUAGUGCCUAAAAGCUCCAAAGUCGAUAUUAUAGAGUCCUGUAUAAAAAAAAUUGCUGAUAUAGAUAGUCUUUCUACUAAAAUAAUAUUAACCACCAAAAAUAAAAUUGCACUUACCCUCAACAACGAUAUCAUUAAUAUAAUUUCAGGCCCUAUCAAACAUUAUUAUAGUGCAGAUUCCAUUGAAAGCGAUAAUAAGGAUGAUAUAAUGAAUUUUCCACUAGAAUUUUUGCAUACACAAACUCCAUCCGGUAUGCCACCUCACAAGCUAACACUUAAGGUUGGUACAAUUGUUAUGCUAUUACGCAACUUGAGCCCAAAGAAAGGACUUUGUAAUGGUACCCGUUUAAUCAUACGACAUUUACAUAUUAAUUUUAUCGACGCUGAGGUAUUGACAGGCACUAAUAAGGGUUAUCGAGAUUUUCUCCCACGAAUAGAUCUAGCUCCAAGUGACUCUCAGUUACCAUUUACUUUAAAAAGACGACAGUUUCCUAUAAUUCCUGCUUUUGUGAUUACAAUAAAUAAAAGUCAAGGACAAACUUUUGAUCAUGUAGGCUUAUUCCUUCCUGAGCCCGUCUUUGCCUAUGGACAACUAUAUGUGGCUCUUAAUAGAAAUCUCAAAAUAUUAUGA